AAGAGAUAAUUCUAAAUGCUACACUGGAUAUUUGAAAAAGCCGUCAAGUUAUAACUGUUCACCAAGCAUUCAUAAAAGAUGUUCGCCCACAAGAUAUACUAACAGUGGUUAUUCUCUUAUAAGAUAUAACAGAGAUCGUUCUCCUACAAGAUAUAGCAGCGAUCAUUCUUCUACAAGAAAUAAUAGGGAUAAUGUGGUUUCAAAUUUAGAUAUAGAAACUUUAAGCAGGACCAUUAGUGCACUUACAGAAGAAGUUCGUAGUAUCAAGAAUUCUCAAGCAACAGGCAAUUUACAAGGUGAAUUGCAGGAAGAAGAGACGUCUUCUCAAGCAUCAGUUCCUCAAGCAGAAUAUAGACAAAAAAUAUAUCACUUACACCAGAACUGGAAGUCAGAUACUUUUAAAGAAAUGGAAUUAAAGUGGAUUUUGCAGAAUCUACACCGCCACUGUAAAGAAAAUUGGAUUGUCAGUCUUGAUCCAAAUAAAGAUAAGGCUGAAAAGAAAAGGAAAGGAAUAAAUUCUCGAAGAAAAGAUAAAAAAGAGCAACAACAAAAAGGCAUUGUUCAUAUGUUUAAUAUCAACGAUUCAUUACUUGCAGAGCUUCAAUCGUCUUCUCUAUCUCUGGAUGACUUUAAGGAGGAUUGUUAA